UCACCCCGUCAUUCAUAUGCCUAUCAUGUCAUUGUCCUUCACGCCUACUUGGAGUUUAUACUUGACUUUUGCUUGGAAGCUUCACCAGUUGCAGAGAGCAGCUACACUUCAUAGGAAGAAGACAGUCAUCAAUCCCUACCCUCAGUGAUUUGCACUGGCAACAGUAAUACAGCUCUUUUCAUCAGUAGACCUCAAAGCACUUUACAAAAGCAGCCUGAAGGCACAAUUCCUAGAGGCAGAGUGAGACUCCAGCUUGGAAAGUAGCAGAAGCACAGCUGAAAGACGUCCCAAAAAUCAGCAUUGGGAGGAACACGAUGUUUACACACAACAAACUGAAGAUUUUCAUAAUGCUUCUGGCACUGGCCACUUACACAGCCAUGGUGGGGCUCAAUGCUGGAGCCGGUUCAGGGGCAUUCAAAGGUGUAUUCCUAAAUACUGUUGGAAACAUCUCAAACAAGUACAACACCGAUUUCACACCAGCUGGCUGGGCCUUCCUCAUCUGGAAUGUCAUCUAUGCCUGGCAGUUUGCUUGGCUGGGUUAUGCACUGUCAGGAAUCUGCAGAAGAUGCCUGCUUUUCAUUGGCAGGAAUGAACUUGGAUGGGUCUACACAGAGCCAGAUUUACUGCCAAUAUCAUUCUAUCUGGUGUGGCUACUGAACAACGCUAUUAAUGUUGGAUGGCUGUUUCUGUGGGACCGAGAGUAUCUCAUUCCAGCCCUGGUUCUCCUGGCAGUCCUCCCGUUUACCUGUUAUGUUGGUCUCUUCAUUUCACACCGAUCCUUGCAUAUCCAUGCCGUUUGGUUCCUAAAGUCUCACAAAGCAGAUCUGUGGCUCAUCCGAAUUCUGGUGCAAAAUGGGAUUGCACUGUACGCGACAUGGACCACAAUUGCCGCUCUGCUGAAUUUUGCCGUGGUGCUGAUCUUCAGUGGGAACGUAUCUAAUAAGAUUGCAACUGCAACCUCUCUGGCCAUCCUUACCUUUGAACUGGUAAUAUGGUUUUCUCUGGAAAACUUUGUGCUUGACAAGUAUGUGCGGUAUAAUCUCACUGUCUACCCAGUGGUCAUUGUAGCACUGACUGGCAUUGUGUGGAAGAACUACUCCCCUUCAUCACCAACUGACAACAGUGUUUUUACAGUUGUGUUGCUGGGAGUGGCUUGUGUUACCUUUGCUGUUCAGCUGGGAAUAGUUAUAUGGAGACACUGUAGAAGGCCUCUAGACCUGUCAGAUUCUCCAGCCAUGACACUGUGAAGUACAUUUCCAAAGUGAAGACCUUAAGGGGGAAAUUUUCAAAGCCAUGAAUGGGAAUCAGGUACCCAACACCCACAGCCUUGACGCUUUGAAAAUCUCUGAAAUGUGUAACAGUGAACACCACAAAAAGGAUAAUAAGGAGGUUACGAUGAUUUCGUAUAAGCAUUCAAGGUCUCACUCUCCUUCCACUCUGAUCGAUUACACUUACCCUACCCUCUUUAAUUUGACCACUAUGUGUUUUUUUUAAAAUGGUCUUUUAAGUUUACACCAGAGGAGCGGAUGAACAGGUCCCUCUGACAAAGCCUAAUGCACUUCUGGAUAAAUGGACAAUAGCACUCAGGUAUGUCCAGCCUGAGGCAGACCCAUGAACACAGUUGCCACACUUACACUUUUGCACAGACGUUAUCUUUUCCUUGUUUGUUUUUUUUUAAAUGGCUGUAAAUAAGCAACCCCUCAAUGGUGACUGAAAUACUAGAAUAUGUGAUGUUGUUUACGAGAACAAUGGAUGAAAUUUGUGAUACACUUCUUGUUUCCAUUCCUUCACAUUUUUUAAAACAAUAAAGCAACUAAUGACAGGACAUCUAUAUUUUCUGCUAAUAAACCAGUUAUA